GGCCGACCCCGGCCAGGACCCCGGCCCGGCCCCCGUCCUGACACGGCCCGACCCGGCGCGCAGGAUCGAGCCCUCGGCCCGCGCCAUGGCCAGCCCGAGAACCAGGAAAGUUCUUAAGGAAGUUCGAGUGCAAGAUGAAAACAACGUGUGUUUUGAGUGCGGCGCCUUCAACCCUCAGUGGGUGAGCGUGACCUACGGCAUCUGGAUCUGCCUGGAGUGCUCGGGGAAGCACCGCGGGCUCGGGGUGCACCUCAGCUUUGUCCGGUCCGUCACUAUGGACAAGUGGAAGGACGUGGAGCUGGAGAAGAUGAAGGUGGGCGGCAAUGCUAAGUUCCGGGAGUUCCUGGAGUGUCAGGAGGCCUAUGACCCCUGCUGGUCGCUGCAGGAGAGGUACAACAGCAAGGCCGCCGCCCUCUUCAGGGACAAGGUGGCCACUCUGGCCGAAGGCAGAGAAUGGUCUCUGGAGUCAUCGCCCGCCCAGAACUGGACCCCACCUCAGCCCAAGACGCUGCCAUCCUCUGCCCACCGAGCCUCUGGCCAGCUGCAGAACUCCACCACCUCCGCGGACAAGGCUUUCGAAGACUGGCUGAACGAUGACCUUGGCUCCUAUCAAGGGGCCCAGGAGAACCGCUACGUGGGCUUUGGGAACACGGUACCGCCUCCGAAGAGGGAAGACGACUUCCUCAACAGCGCCAUGUCGUCCCUGUACUCGGGCUGGAGCAGUUUCGCCACUGGAGCAAGCAGGUUUGCCUCAGCAGCGAAGGAGGGUGCGACAAAGUUUGGAUCCCAGGCAAGUCAAAAGGCAUCAGAGUUGGGCCACAGUCUGAAUGAGAGUGUCCUCAAACCUGCCCAGGAGAAGGUGAAGGAGGGAAAGAUUUUUGAUGAUAUGUCCAGUGGGUUCUCUGAGUUGGCGGCCAAGGUCCAGGGAGUUGGUAGCAGGGGCUGGAGGGACGUCACCACCUUUUUUUCUGGGAGAGCGGAGGACCCGUUGGACAGAGCCCCGGAGGGCCGGAGCUGUCAGAACAGCGGCGGGGACAGCUCCCACAGCACCACCGACCGGAACUUCUGGGAGGCCUUCGGGAGCACCGACCCUGCUGGGGCCCACAGGUCCCCGAGCGGCAACAGCUGGACGUGUGCAGACCCCUCAGCCGACAAGAGGAGCUCGGAUGGCUGGGACGCGUGGGGCUCGGGCGCCGCGUCUGCGUCCAGCAACGGGGGCGGUGACAUUGGUGGUGGGGAGGCCUGGGGGGCCGGGGCGGAGGUCAGGGCCAGGGCCGUCAAGGAGGUGGCACCGCCGGCCGCCGUGGACGACGGCUGGGACAACCAGGACUGGUAGGG